AUGGUCAUCAAGCCAGCCGGAAUGAGAGCGGCCGAAGUGUCCUCGGACAUUUUCGAUGUGCCGAUCGACACCGGUCCGCCCCCAGCCUCUAUUGGACGGGUUGGUGACCAUCCCGUCCCGAGGCUCGGCAUCCAGCAGUCUUCGCCAAAGUCCACGAACAAGUUCUAUCAGAAUUUCUUCCUUGGGUCUCAGACCUCAGUCACCGUCCUUCACCCUUACUCCGUUGCUUGGAACAAGGGAGGUGGUGUAACCCAGAGCUGGGGAUUGUCGGUUUCUCAUAUUGAUCCCAACCAGUUCUCCUUCGGCCCGCAGAACGCAUAUGGGGCCAACUCUUAUUUCAUCAACCCUAUAGGGAUUCAGUCCUUUGUCCUAUCGGCUGCGGAACUGGGCUCCAGCACGGUCCUGAACACCACUCAAGGCACGGAUAUGUCUGUGCUUGUCCAGCUUCGCUCAAGCGCAGUAGCAGCACCGACGAUACAAUUCCCGUUGGUGCAGGGCUCGGGCUUCGUAACCGCAGAAUAUAAUGGUGGAACACCCAUUAUUCAGUCGGGCAUCUUCUUCUCGAGCGUGACCAAGGUGAAUGCGCAGCCACGGCCGGGGGUCACAAAGUACAAAAUCGUGCUGAACGAUGGCAAAACAUGGCUUCUGUAUGCUUACAGCACAAGCGGACUUCCCCUGGACCUGCAGGUUGUGAACAAUGGCCUCAUACGGUCGACAUCCCCAUUCACUGGCACGAUCCAGGUUGCCAAGGACCCUGGCAACGCCGAGGCGCUCUACGACGCGGCUUCCGGCCAGUUUGCGUCAGGUGUGGUACUGUCCGGCACGACGUCAGGCAUGCGUGGAGAAUAUUCCUUCAAUUUUACAAAGGGCGGACUUACCGGCGCGCCACUCCUGAUGUACGCCCUUCCACACCAUGUACAAUCGUUUGACGAUACGACAGCCGCGGCGGUGCAGCCCAAUGUCUCGCUGCAGACAACCACCAAGGGAAAGGCCACAGCAGUCAUAGCCGAUACCUGGAAGAUGGUCGAGCUCAGGCUGCCUAUCAGCAUGUCUUUCCUGCCAUGGUCAAACACGGAAGGGACCAAGAGUACGCUUUCUGCUGCUGCAAAGGCGAGAAUCCUGCAGACCGCUCAGUCAGAGCUCAGUCAGGACAUGGGCGCCCAGUCGAACCUGAACUCCAUGUACUACAGUGGCAAGGCCCUGGCGAAGUUUGCUAUGAUUCUCUCCGUUGUCUACGAUCUGCUCGGCGAAUCGGCACUUGCCGCUGCUGGUCUGGAGAAGCUAGAGGCAGCAAUGGCAGUAUUCGCGGAGAAUAGACAGAUUUACCCACUGGUUUACGAAACUGGCUGGGGCGGUCUGGUCUCCUCAGCCUCGUAUGUGACCGGCGACUCGGGGGCCGACUUCGGCAAUACGUUCUACAAUGACCACCACUUCCAUUACGGCUAUCACGUCCUUGCUGCGGCGGUUAUCGGGCACCUCAACUCGACGUGGCUGGCGGCGAACAAGGACUGGGUGAACGCGCUGGUGCGGGACUACGCGAACCCGUCGACGCAGGACACGUACUUCCCGCCCAACCGCAUGUUCGACUGGUUCCACGGGCACAGCUUCGCGCACGGGCUGUACGAGAGUGCCGACGGGCGCGACCAGGAGUCGUCCUCGGAGGAUGUCAUGGCCAGCUACGCGCUCAGGAUGUGGGGGCUCGUCAGCGGCGAUGCCAACCUCGCCGCCCGCGGCAACCUGCAGCUGUCGGUUCUGGCCCGGUCCUUGAACCUGUACUACCUCUACACCAGCGACAACACCGUCCAGCCUGCCAGCUUCAUCGGCAACAAGGUCGCGGGUAUCCUGUUCGAGAACAAGAUCGACCACACUACCUACUUCGGCAGUAAUAUUGAGUACGUCCAGGGCAUACACAUGCUUCCGCUGCUGCCGGCCACGAAGCUCAUACGCGGCGACCAGUUCGUCAGCGAGGAGUGGGCUCAGUACUUCAGCGGCGGCAGGGCCGACACGGUCGUUGGAGGCUGGCGGGGCGUGCUCUAUGGCAACCUGGCUACCAUCGACCCCAGCACGGCCUGGGCCUUCUUCAGCUCGCCCAGCUUUGAUCCGAGUUGGUUAGACGGAGGUGCCAGUCUGACUUGGUAUCUGGCUUAUUCGGCUGGUGAGUCUAUUCCGUUUCCUCCCUUUUCAUACGUGCAGUUGGAGUACUUCCUAUGA